AUGAAGUCCUCUGUCUUCAUCCUUUCUCUGCUCCUUAUUCUGGAAAGACAGGCAGCUGUGGUUGGACAAUAUGGUGCGACAAAAGGUCACUUCCAGAGUAGCUCCUCAGAAGGAUUUAUGCUUGGUCAGAAAGGCCAUCUCAGUUUCGGGAUCAAAGGGGGAAGCGAGGAAGCAGCUGAAGAAAGCGUUUUCAUGCAAUCACAACACCAAGUGUAUGGCCAGGAUGGUGGUGACAUGACACAGACACGUGUUUCACAAGGACAUGCAAGUGUAAAAGGGGCCGCACUUUGUCGUAAUGGACAAGUAUCCCAACUGAAAUCCCAAGAAUCCCAAAUAAAAUCCUUUGGACAAGUGAAAUCCAGUGGACAAUUGAAAUCUGGAGGAUCAUCCUUUGGACAAGUGAAAUCCAGUGUGUCCCAAACAAAAUCCUUUGGACAAGUGAAAUCCAGUGGACAACUGAAAUCUGGAGGAUCAUCCUUUGGACAAGUGAAAUCCAGUGUGUCCCAAACAAAAUCCUUUGGACAAGUGAAAUCCAGUGGGCAAUUGAAAUCUGGAGGAUCAUCCUUUGGACAACUGACAUCCAGUGUGUCCCAAACAAAAUCCUUUGGACAAGCAAAGUCCCAAGGUGGUCAAAUGAAAUCCUAUGGACAAUUGAAAACCAGUGGAAAGUCCUAUGGGGAAGAAGCUCAACUGAAGUCUUUCGGCCAACUAAAAGCCCAAGACGCCCAACUAAAAUCCUAUGGUAAACAAAAUUCCCAACAACAAUCCUCCUUUAGCCAAGUAAAAUCUCAGAGUUCCCAACUAAAGUCAUCCUAUGGCCAACAAAAAUCCCUCAAAGGUUUCUCUCAACAAAGUCAACAUAAAGGAUUUGCCAUGGGUGAAGGUAUGUCGCAAGUGCGGAAACAAUUUAGCGAUGAUGGCCUCUCUGUACAACAGAAGUCUACCCAACAGAUGAAAGCAGAGGAAGACUUCUCCCAAUUCGGACAACAACGGCAGUUUGGACAAGAGCGCUCACAAUCCUAUAAAGGAUAUCUUGACCAAUACAGAAAGAAAUUACAAGGACAACAACAAAAAAGUUUUAACCAGGAUAGCUAUUUUACAAAGGGCGGGGCAGGCCUAUAUCAAGCUCAACUUAAGGGAUAA